UUUUUGAAAUUUUUUCUGUCUUUUUUUUCUGUCUGUGGAAAAGUGCAAUUACAAAUAACUCUUAGAGUUCAUUUCAACCUUGAGAAUUAAAACUCAUUUCCUAUGAAUCAUCAGUACCAGAGGGAGCAUGCAGAGUAAAAAAAAAAAAAAAACAUAUGCCUAUCUGAAUAUUAUAUACUGGAAGCAUCAAAGCAUCUGGACCUCUGCCUCAAUUCUGUCUUGGAGUAAUGACCAAGGAUUAUUUGUCUAAUUUAAUGCAUCCUAGUACUGAUAUCUGUAUGUUAGAAAGGGGUUUCAGAAUAAGUUGUUCUGAUUACAUUUUUUAUUUGAAGUGAUAUUGGAGACACUUACAAAUAGGAAAGAAAACUAAUGCCCAAAGCAAGCUGAUUGCUAAUUAUUCCGUUUUUAUUAAGAAAGAGAAAACUAAUAGAAAUAUAGAGUGCAUACACAUACAAUUUUUUUAUAUGCCUCAUGGUUGUUAGGUUUUAUUGGAGCUCCUUCUCCCUCUCCCCCCCCCGUGUAUGUUAUUAUGUUGGGUUUAUUAUUUCUAUUAUUUAUUUUUUAUGUUCUAUUUAUUACCCAAGUUUUCUCAUUUGGUAUAAACAACAAGUUUUUAUUUUACAAUGACUGAAUAAAAAGAAUGAUAAAAAAAUAAAUAAGCUAAAAGGAAGAAAUUUUUUUAAAUCCCAAAGGAAACUUGAUUGUACAUUGCAGCAAAAUUUUAAAUGUUUUAAUAAGUAGUACCUCUUGAUAAAGAUAUUUUCCAGGCAUAUUUCAGUUGAUAUGAGCCCAAAAUGAUAAAGAAGUGCAAGGGAACUGCAGAGAGUAAUUGUCUCAUCUGUGGUGGGCUGGUGGUGGAAAAUGUAGAUACCUUUCUUCAGUUCCUGAUUUAUUUCUUACAUGACAGAUACACCUAUGGGAAACCUGUCCCAGGACUUGCAACUGUAAGCAUGUGCAGAAAAUUAUUUCAUCCCACUUAUUGUCAAAAACAAGAGUUCUGUGAAAAAUUCAGUCAACAGCUCAACAGCAAUGGCUGCAGCACCCAAGAAGUAAAAUCAAACCUACUCCAGAUUAAAAAUAUGGGUUAUGAAAUGCAACUUAAAGUGGAAGCCAAGAUCAGAGAAGAAGGAACAGACCUAGUAUUUACUGGAAAUGGGACCAGUGAAAUCACAAAUAUUGUAACCAGACUCAAGUUCGUGAAAGUGGAUUCACACUUUAGACGAGGAAUCCCCUUCUUUGGACAGGUGCUUUUGGUGGAUGGGAAAGAUGUGCCCAUCCCCAAUAAACUCGUCUUUAUCUCUGCAAAUGAAGCAAAUUAUCUUUACAAUCCAACUACCAAUGACCAGGGUCUUGUUCAGUUUUCAAUCAAUACUACUAAUAUCUUGGCUAACAAAAUUUCUGUCAUGGCCUACGACAAACAACCUAACUUGUGUUUUAACUCUGUAUGGCUCCGAGAGGAGCACCUCACAGCUCAGCACAUUGCUAAGCAUGCUUUCGCCCUCCGUGGGAAUUAUGUUCACCUGGAACCUGUGGCUGGUACCCUGCUCUGUGGCCAAACUCAGAUUAUCAAGGCAUACUAUAUAUUCAAUGGGGAGGCCAUUGGGGAACCAAAGGAACUCAUUUUCUAUUACCUGAUCAUGGCUAAGGGGAGCAUUGUCAGGUCUGGAACACAUGCUGUGUCUGUAGAGCUAGGAGACGACUCUGGGCUAGGCUUUCUUACCUCUGGAAAGGCUCUCUCCCUUCAACGCUUGAUAAGGGCGCACACAGCGCUGCAGCCAUGAAACUGGGAACCUCACACGUGAAUUUGAGUGCACUUCAUGAAUAAUUGGGGAAAGGAAACCAGGAUUAUUUUCUAUCCUAUUUAAAUCAUGUCAGAAUUUAAAUCACAGGAAGAAGAACCCAUGAGCAUUCUUAUAAUUAACUGAAAUUAAGAGAUAGAGACAGCCAGUGAGAGAGGGAACACAAGCAGGAGGAGUGAGAGAGGAAGAAGCA